AUGCAGUGUAUCAAAACUCGAAUCGACUUCUCCGCAGUCCAAGCCGACAUUGACACAGGCAAGCCAUCAAAUUUCAACACGUGCUUCCACUCCGAAGAUGAGGCCCCUGAUAAGGGUAGAACUUCGAACGAGCCAUACUCCUACGAAAGGUGGCUGCCACUCAUUCUCGCUUCACGAAAUCUAAGCUCCGAUGUUGUCCAGAAAGUCAGCUUCACUCGAUCCCAAGCGCGCCUACUUCACGACGCCUGCAGCGCCUCCAUUCAAGUCAAGCGAGUCAAUCUCACGAUGGCCGAAGAUCUCAACGAUGAGAUUGCGCCUGCACUCUCAACGUUGCGCUUCCCUCCAGAGGGCCUCUUUGUCCGCUUGGAUGCUUGCUCACCGAAAGACGGAGCACACAAGAUACCCGGAAAAAUGUCACUCCACUCAGUCGAGGAGAUCAUCCUCAGACUCGUCACCUCCGGGCGAUGUCGCGCUGCGCUAGAAGACUGUCUUGGCAGUAUGAAGACAGUCGAACUUUUCUUCUUGCCCUUUGACCCGCGUAUGGCUUCGGAACGGGAGUACAGAGUUUUCUGUCGAACUGGCGAUUGCAGUAUCACUGGCAUCAGUCAGUACCAUUGGCACAAGCCGUGGCGCUUUGCGACUAGCCCAGAAGGCGAGCAAAACGCCAUCAUUCACAAAAUCUGUCAACAGGCGGAGCACAUCACACGGCAGAUAUUGGCGGAUGUGAAGAGCAAAGAUGAGAACGACAGGAUGCUGAUGGCACAGGGGAUGUCUUUUGACCUCCUCUACAAUGAAGAUACUCGGAGAGUUGAGCUUGUGGAGUUGAAUCCCUUUGGGAUCAGAAGCCCCUGCGGAUCCUACUUGUUCCAGUGGAUCAGAGACCGCGAGGUCCUUUACGACGAAAACGAGAAAGAGACUGUUGAAUUUCUGGUCAGCUACUGA